ACUGCCAUACCGCACCAAUACCGUUUGUCCGGUUCGGGGAUAUGAAUGGUCGCCAGCUCUACCAAUUCAAUCGAGGGUUCCACGUUUCCCGGUGUGCUCGGUAACAAAGAAAGCGGGCGUACGAAGUACGUGCGGGUAUUUUAUCUACCAGUCCACGACUACUAAACCAUAUCUCAACCUUAGCGACUUAGUCAGUAGAUUCUAAGGUUGGACAUGUAUGGAACACAUAUGAGGGGAAGUACUUAAACCCGUCUUACAUGACUCGACUACACUCCUUUCCCUAUUUCGUCAGCCUCCGAAGAGAUUCGAGGAUUAGGUACCUACCUAGUAGCUAGGUGAUUCUACUCGAAGACGACUUGACGACUCUUCUAGUGCUGACGCUGUGGCGCAUUCAUUCGUAAGAGUCAAUAUUCAAAAUGGCGUUGUCGAUAGCCACAGACCAUGGCGACAUCGACGAGUCGCUGAUCCCAGGAACCGUCCACCUGGUCGAUCUGGAGCACACAAUGGCCACGCGACACGCUAGGGGCCAUAACGACAUCGUGCUGGUGCCGACCCCAUCCACAGACCCAGACGAUCCAUUGAACUGGACCCCUAGACGCAAGUACCUAGCCUUGGCCUGCGCCCUCCUGUACACCUGGUUCAACGGCAUGGCGUUAUCCGUCGUCUACUCCGUCCUCGUCCCGCUCUCCACCGCGCUCUCCGUCACAGAAGCCGACCUCAACGCCGGCACGGGGUACAUGUUCCUCCUACUAGGCUGGGGCCUGCUCUUCUGGCAGCCCUUCGCGCUACAAUACGGCAAGAGACUAACGUACCUCAUCUCGCUCAUCGCACUCAUGGCCAUCACGGUCUGGGGCCCCUACGCGCGCGGCAACAGCCAAUGGAUCGCGAACAGGGUGCUCACGGGGUUCUUCGCGGCGCCCAUCGAAGCGCUGCCGGAGACGAGCAUCACCGACUUGUUCUUCGCCCACGAACGCGCCACGUAUAUGGGCUGGUACGCGUUCACGCUUGCCGGGAGUAAUUUCUUCGCCCCGAUUAUCUGCGGGUUCAUUAAUGACGGCAUCGGGUAUCGCUGGGUUUUCUACAUCCAGGCGAUUUUCUGUGCGGCUACCUGGGUUUUCCUGUUCUGCUUCAUGGAGGAAACGAAUUAUGAUCGCAGGACUGUGGGGAUUGUGGCGGAGACCGGGAAUGUGGAGGACAAGGGAAAGGAGGAAGCGAAGGAUACGGCUGGUGCGGUGGCUCGUGUUGCGUCGUUGGAGCCGAGGCCGUCGAUGGCGACGAAGAGCUUUUGGCAGAAGUUGUCGGUGGUGGAUAAGCCGAGGCCGUUUAUGAUGCAUUAUCGGGCUUGGCAAUCACUAAAGCUGCUUUCGUGGCCGGUGGUGUUCUAUUCCGGGUUUAGCUAUGGGACGUAUCUCAUCUACUUCAACAUUCUCAAUGCGACGAGUUCGAUUAUCCUUGGGAGCCCUCCGUACAACUUCCGCCCGUCUCUUGUCGGAUUGAGUUAUGUAUCCUGCGUUAUAGGAGUCGCUGCGGCAUCGGCUUUUACGGGGGUUUUCUCGGAUCGGUUCGUUAUUCGCUUGGCUCGGAGAAAUAAUGGUGUUUCUGAACCGGAGCACCGUCUUUGGCUCUUUACCGUUUCGACGUUGGCGAUCCCCGCUUCGCUCAUCCUUUGGGGAGUCGGUGCUGCUCAUGAGGUACAUUGGUUUGGACUGGUAUUCGCUAUGGGAACUACCGCCUUUGCAAACACAAUGGGUAUCACUUUAAGUGUCUCAUAUUUGGUCGACACGUACCGGGAUAUCUCAGGAGACGCGUUGACUACAUGUAUCCUCAUCCGCAACACCAUGAGUUUUGCCAUUAGCUACGGUAUUACGCCUUGGUUAACUAAUCUAGGGACUCAGAAUUGCUUUAUCAACGUGGCCUUCGUCGGGUUGGCUAUAUGCAGCGUUUACUUGCUGAUGAUUAAGUGGGGUAAGAAGUUUAGGGAGGCGAAACGCGUGGCUUAUUGGCAUGAAGUGAAGAAGAGAAUCGAUCUUGGGUUGGUUCACUAAGACUGAAUCGUAGUUGUUGUUGUCGCUGGAAAUAGGUAAGAAUGGUAAACAGGUAGAAGAGACAUUCCAAUUAAAUCAAUAUCACUUCCAGAUUA